GUCCAAAGAUACCUUUCCGAGCCACUGCUCAUCGGCGGCAAGAAGUUUGAUCUCCGGCUUUAUGUGUUGGUCACGAGCUACAGCCCCUUGACCAUCUAUGUGUACCGCAGCGGAUUCGCUCGCUUCUCGCAUGCUCGCUUUUCCAUGGACACUGCUGAUUUGUCAGAUGCCAUGAUCCACCUGACGAACGUGGCUGUGCAGAAGCACAACGACCACUACGACGAAAAGAAAGGUGGAAAGUGGGACCUGCGAUCCUUGAAGCUGUACCUGAUGAUGACGGAAGACCCAGCGAAGGUCCAUCAGCUUUUCGCAGAGAUGCAGGAUGUCAUCCUCUUCUCCUUGCUCUCG